UUCUUGACGUCACUUCCGUAGGGCGGGUCAUCCUCGUUGCUUUUAUCUGCGGAGACGGAGCUGCUCGUUCGGACUUAGAAUUACAUUCGGCUGAAGUUACGUGUUUGGUCGCUUAGAAGAACACGAUGGAGUCCGAAACCAAGUACCUGCCGGAGCUGAUGGCGGAGAAGGACAGCCUGGACCCGUCGUUCACACACGCCAUGAGCCUGCUGUCGAGCGAAAUUGAAAGACUAAAGAAAGGAGGCGAACCCAGAAAGGAUGAAGAGGACACAUAUUUGGACUUAUUUUCUCACAAGAACAUGAAACUGAAGGAGCGCAUUUUGAUUCCAGUGAAACUGUACCCUAGAUUUAACUUUGUUGGCAAGAUAUUGGGUCCACAAGGCAAUACCAUCAAGAGGCUGCAGGAAGACACUGGAGCGAAAAUUUCUGUACUGGGGAAAGGUUCAAUGAGGGAUAAGGCCAAGGAGGAGGAACUGCGAAAAGGUGGAGACCCAAAAUACAAUCACUUAAACAUGGACCUUCAUGUUUUCAUUGAAGUUUUUGGUCCACCUUGUGAGGCUUAUACUCGCAUGGCGCAUGCCAUGGAGGAAGUUAAGAAGUUCUUGGUACCGGAUAUGAUGGAUGAUAUUUGUCAGGAGCAGUUUUUGGAGUUGUCCUAUCUGAAUGGAGCCCCACCAGAGACGGCCCGUGGAGGAAGAGUUGGUCCAGGUCGUGGUAGAGGAGUCCCAACUGCAUCAGCUCCGCCAUCAAGAGGCAGGGCUGGAGCUAUACGUCCUCUUGUUCCAAGGGGAGCCCCAGGAAGAGGAUCCCUUUCACGUGGUGCCAGUGUUAGCCGAAGUGUUGCACCAGCAUCUGCAUCGAGAGGAGCACCUUCUGCAAGGGCUCGGGCUGCUUCAAUUCAAAGGAUUUCUCUGCCACCACCUGCAGCUGAGGCCUAUGAUGAAUAUGGCUAUGAGGAUCCAUAUGCAGAGCAAAGCUACGAAGCUUAUGAGAGUUACUACAGUCAAAGUCCAGGAGAUACAGAGUACUAUGACUAUGGGCACGGAGAGGGGCCAGAAGCGUAUGAAAGUUAUGGACAAGACAAUUGGAAUGGUGCUCGGCCCUCUUUGAAAGUACCAUCAGCACCUAAAGGCAGUAGCUACAGAGACCACCCAUACAGACGCUUCUAAGAUUGCUACGCCUCUACUUAUUACUGAUAUCUUGUGUCCAAGGACUUCCUGUACCUUAUCCCACAACACAAGUAAAUCUCUGUGCUCUGUGACUCCUUUCCUCUCCCAUCCAUACUCCCUGAAUCUAACCUGACCUGUCCCUCGGACCGCUUUUAAAACUGGUGAACACAAAAUACCCAUUUUAUUUUCGUUGUUAACAAAAUACAAAACCAAAAAAAAAAAAAAAACUUUCAACCGUAAAUGCUUUUCAUGUAAAUUGAGUUAAAUAGUAGUAUGCAAAGUGACUUUGUUUGAAGGUUUCUAACAAGAACUUUAGUGUUAGCUGUAGACUCUGUCCUGAACCAAGCUGCAUUUCAAUAUUCCAUUUUUUUUAUUUGAGCUAAACAGUCAUUAGCUGUAAUGUUUGCUGUUUAAAAAAAAAUCCUAGCAGUUGACUUUGUAAUUAUUCUCCACUUUAUGUUAUUAAACCUUAUGGACAAA